CCACCAUUUUCUCAGACAACAUUGCAUGGUCCAAUAUAGGUUUAGUUAGCGUUUUAUCGCGUAUUUGGAUUAUUUAACAAAAAAUAUGGUUAAGAGGUGUAGUCACGGACUUUGUAAUAGUGACGACAGGGAUCCUGAAAGGCUAGUUGCUGGAGUUCGAUUCGUACCCUUUCCAAAACCGAAGACCCAGUACGAAAAAUGCCUUCGAUGGAUCAAAGUUUGUGGAAGACCGCAUCAUCAACUAAAUCCAUCUAAUAUCAACCGGAACAGAUGUGUUUGCACGAAGGAUAGAACGUUUACAUAUCCACAAGUGAGAGCUUCUUGGGAAAGUGGAUGCCAUCCUGUGCAAAUUUCUUCAGUGUUCUCAAAAACCUUUCCAGAAAUAUCAGCUGAGUCCAGCCACAGUUUCGCGAGAUCCUUCACUUUUUUCCCCUUUGUUUUGUCGUUUAAAUUGUCCAUCUCUCCACGUCAUAUUCAGUGGCUCCACUCAGUUCAAGCAGACAUUUAUGCCAGCACUGAUGGGCGGAGAGAUGGUGAACAACGACGUUCCUGGUGUUAGGUGGAACACCAAAGCGGACUGACGAGAAAGACCAGUAAGUGUUGGCCAAAGCUAUCAACUCCUUGUCCAGAAUCGGUGACGAGCUCUACGUGGAGCCUCAGCCUGAUGGACUAUCCCUGCGAGCUGUGAACUCCUCUCUGUCCGCAUACGGCUGCUUCCUGUUUGUGCCUCUCUUCUUUAGCAGGUACACUGUUCCCAAUGGUCAUGGCUUCCGCUGCAAGAUGUUAAUAAAGAAUGUGCAGGCAGUGUUCAGGUCUCUGGCAUCUCUGGAGAAGAUGGUGGAAAAGUGUCAUAUCCAGCUGGACAAGCAAAAGGAUCGCCUCACCUUCACGCUACAUUGCAAACAUGGCCUCUUGAAGACACACAACUUGUCUUUCCAGGACACUGAAAGUUUACAGGCCGUGUUUGAUAAGCACAGUUGUGCAAAUGUAUUUCGAGCCAUUCCAAGGUUGCUGGUAGAGACGGUUGCACAUUUCCCCGUAUCUGUUGAGGAAGUAACUCUUUCAGUCAGUGAUGAACGAAUGUUGCUUAGGAAUCAUGUGGAUGAAGAAUUAGCGCAGUCCAAGGCCAUGCUGACUGAACUGUGUCUGGCCUCUGAUGAGUUUGACAGUUUUGCUGUCCAAGCACAUAUCAGCGUCACCUUCUGUCUAAAAGAGCUACGGGGUUUGCUAUAUUUUGCAGAUAGUAUUGGUCUCCCUAUUUCCAUGUACGUCAAUGAACCAGGCAGCCCUCUCGUGCUCUCGGUAUCAGACAGCGUCCUGGAAGGCAACUUUGUGCUGGCCACACUUUCAGACAAUACCAGAAACAACACAAGAGGGCCCACUUCUCCGCCACCCCCUCCCGACGACUUUAUGAACGACGACAUGGACUCCUAUCUCAUCGCCAUGGAUACCAGUGUUGCACCGGGUCCAUCCACACCUGAGUCCACAAGUUCAAAGCAACACAUGGUAGCCAAUCACAGGUCAAGGCUGCGCGGUGAAGGUCAGGAGGAAGAGGAAACUGCUGACAAAGAUGCGCCACCAAACAAAAAGUUCUGUUCCUUGUUGUUUGGAUCGGUUCUUCAUCUGUCGUCUCAGAUGAGCAUUCAACCAAUGAGCAACCAGGAAGUGCUUGCCAGUGACAGUGAGGACGACACAUAAACAGUCUGACUGAAUGAUG